UUUUCUGUGGAGCAGGAAGAGGAGCAGCAAAGGAGUCGAGGAGAUUUGCUUUAAAUCUCUUUUCAAAAAAAUACAUUUAAUCGGGUCUUUAAGGUUCCGAAAACACACACACGAUGGUUGUUGUGGCAGCAGGGCCUGGAGGAGCCCAUAAAGUGCUUCUCAUUUCUUCUUCAUCUUCACACUCCGGUGACUGUAAUGGCGCCGCUCCUCCUUUACGGAAAAGGCAAAGACUCACACAUCUGAGUCCUGAGGAAAAAGCACUUCGGAGGAAACUGAAGAACAGAGUUGCAGCACAGACAGCAAGAGACAGAAAAAAGGCCAAAAUGGGAGAACUGGAGCAGCAAGUCCUGGAGCUGGAGCAAGAAAAUCAGAAACUCCACAUGGAGAACCAGAUGUUGAGAGAAAGGACGAGCGAUCUGAUGAGUGAGAACGAGGAGCUGAGACAGAGACUGGGGCUGGACACUCUGGUCAGGAAAGAGAAGGUGCAGGUGUUGGAGUCCGGCGCGAGCGAUUUGGUUUUGCUGAACGGGUCUUCUGAGCGCAGCACUCAGGCUACGUGUGCCUCCGCAGCAGGUGCAGGCCCAGCAGUCAUCAAAGCCGAAGAGUUCGCCCUGGAUCCUCACUCUCCUGACACUGCAGACUCUGAGUCUGAUCUCUUGCUUGGCAUUCUGGACAUCAUUGAACCAGAGCUGUUCCUCAAAGAAGCUCAGGAGCCGAACCCUUCUCAGCAGCUCCUGCUGGUUGGAUCAGCCUCAGGUUCGCUACCUGCCCCCUCACCUGGAGCUGUGGGGGCCGCACCAGUUAAGCUGGAGGCCCUUAAUGAACUGAUCCAGUUCGACCACAUUUACACCAAACCGGUGGAGGAGGAGGAAAAGGAGGGCGCCUACGAAGUGAGCAUCGCAGACGAGCAGGACGCCAUCGUCUUCUCGUCAUCCUCCGAAGACGAGGAAGUGGAGGUGGAAGUCGAAACCGUGUCCAUCAAGGACGAACCAGAGGAAGUAGUCAUCCCCGUGACAGACAACGAAUCGAUCGGGGUCGACGACUUCCUGUCCGAGGCGUCCUCUUCCUUCGGAGGAUACGACAAGGCAGCAUACCUGAUGUCCGAUACGUACAGUGACUCUGGAUACGAAAGGUCACCUUCCCCUUUCAGCGACAUGUCGUCCCCGCUUUGCUCCGACAGCUCCUGGGAAGACAUGUUUGCUAACGAACUCUUUCCGCAACUCAUUAGCGUCUAAAAAAAACCAAUAUGUUGGUUGGGUUAAAUGUAAUCCUAGUGUACUAAGUGAUCACUAUAUGCUUCAUUAAUGUACAGUCAGCACAAAUUUUCUUUUUUUAAAAAAAAAAAAAAAAAUCCCCCAUUAAUACAGAAAUAACUGCCUGUUUUCUUCUGGGAAAUGGACGUUUGAGCUCCAAAAGUAGCAAUUGGUGAAUCUGUGAUUCAUGUUCAGUAUUUUUGUCAGAGAGUGGGGGAAGUUCAAUGGGGAAGAUUUUCAUUUUAAAAAGAUGUAUUUAUUUGUACCUUGUUCCAGAGUCCUGUAUCGUAAUCUGUCUGCUUUAAUAUUGUAUAACGUAAUUUUUAUUAGCGCCCUCCUUAUGGAAUCAUUUACUGCAUUAAAAAAAAUUAUGCAUCGCA